ACCCAAACAGCCUGGAACUCGGGACCUGCAGUAGCUGCUGCUGCCACCUGACGAGUAGGCAUAGCCGACGCCCUCGGAAGGAGCCUGCUGGCCGGGCCCAAACUGCCAGGCCAACACCACCCUCAGCGGAACAUGGCAUUUGGUCAGGAGCCCUCCACCCUCAUCUCUAAGAUUCACGUCGGGUUUCCCACAGGCACCUUCCGUUCGUGCACGCGGAGGAAAGAGCCGCGGAGGCUGCAGCCGGGAGCCGGGAUCAGCGAGUCCCGGGCUUCGCCGUCCCCGGGCGCCAGCAGGGGCCACGUGGACUCGCUCCCCGCGCGGCGGCCGCUCCAGCCGCCCCACGCAACCAGAAGGCGAUCGCUUUCCUUUCCCUUGGGCGCGGGUAGCUCUUUUAACAUCCCUGAAACAGGACCCUGGCCACGGAGUUUUGUGAACGUGCACGUCGGAAAAACAAGCAAGCAAACCAACAAAAACCCACCGCGCUGCAACGAAUGAACUAUCAACGAGCGUGAGGUCCCACAGGGAAGGGGCCGCUGCUGCCCCGUGCAUCACAGUGUCCAGCACCCGGCGUGGCGCUCCGAGUGUGUCCUGAACGCAUCUAAAGGGACGCGGCUAAAGGCUGGGCACUGGCACGGGCAGGAAAGCCAGGGGCGCGGAGACCUCGGGAAGGGAGGACGGACGGCAGAGGCUGGAGGGCUGGGAUGCGCGGCCCCGCCGCCGGGGGGCGGAGUGCACAGCGGCGCCCAGACCCCUUCGGAGGCGCGGCUCCCUGUCCUCCCCCCGCAGACCAGCAGGCGGCGGCGCGGGCCGGCCGCGGGGCACCCCGACGUGAGCGUGGGCGCCGGGGCGGCGGCCCAGGCAGGUGCAGCGGCCCGCCCUCGGCUCCUCUGCUGCGGCGCGGGGGCCACCAUGCCUCGCGGAGCGGAGGCGCUGGACCUGCCCGUGUGGAGCACAGCCCCAGGCCUGUCCUGGGGGCCGGGCCGCAGCACUGCAAUGGCUCAUCUCGAUUCUGACAUGAAAGAAGAAUGUCUGAGGAAAGACCUGCGGUUCUACUUCAUGAACCCUUGUGAAAAGUACCGAGCCAGGCACCAGAUUCCAUGGAAACUGGCUUUGCAGAUUUUGAAGAUACUCAUGGUCACCACACAGCUUGUUCGUUUUGGUUUAAGUAACCAGCUCGUGGUUGCUUUCAAGGAAGAAAACACCAUGGCUUUUAAGUAUUUGUUUUUGAGAGGAUAUGCUGGCAUAGAUGAAGAAAACUACAGUUACAGUGUAUAUACUCAAGAGGAUGCCUAUGAGAGCAUAUUUUACGCUAUUAAUCAGUAUCAUCGUCUAAAGAACAUAUCCCUGGGGACCCUAAGUUAUGGAGAAAAUGAAGAGCAUAGAAUUGGCCUAAAAGUCUGUAAGCAGCACUACAAGAAAGGAAGCAUGUUUCCCUCUGAUGAGACACUGAAUAUUGACAGUGACAUUGAAACAGACUGCAUUUUCUUGGACCUCCAGGGCCUCUCCAAGAACACUGAGGACUGGAAGAACUCAUCAUUCUUCAGACUGGAAUUUUAUAGGCUCCUACAGGUUGAAAUCUCCUUUCACCUCAAAGGCAUUGACCUGCAGACGAUGCUUUCCCGAGAGUUACCGGACUGUUACGUCUUUCAGAACACGAUUACCUUUGACAACAAAGCUCACAGUGGCAAAAUCAAAAUCUAUUUUGACAGUGAUGCUAACAUUGAAGAAUGUAAAGACUUAAACAUAUCUGGAUCUGUUCAGAAGAAUGCUCAGUAUGUGCUGGCAUUUGAUUCGUUCGUCAUUGUGAUUUGCUUGGCGUCUCUGAUUCUGUGCACAAGAUCCAUUGUUCUUGCUUUACGCUUACGAAAGAGAUUUCUAAAUUUCUUCCUGGAGAAGUACCAGCGACACGUGUGUAGUGCUGACCAGUGGGAGUUCAUCAACGGCUGGUAUGUCCUGGUGAUUAUCAGCGACCUCAUGACAAUCAUUGGAUCCAUCCUCAAAAUGGAAAUUCAAGUGAAGAAUAUCACAAAUUACGAUCUGUGCAGCAUUUUGCUUGGAACGUCCACGCUUCUUGUCUGGGUCGGAGUCAUCAGAUACCUGGGUUACUUCCAAAACUAUAAUGUGCUCAUUUUAACAAUGCAAGCCUCCCUGCCAAAGGUGCUUCGCUUCUGCGCCUGCGCCGGGAUGAUCUACCUGGGUUACACCUUCUGUGGCUGGAUCGUCUUGGGCCCGUAUCACAACAAGUUUGUAGCUCUGAAUACAGUUUCUGAGUGUCUGUUUUCUCUGGUCAACGGUGAUGAUAUGUUUGCAACCUUUGCUCAAAUCCAGCAGAAGAGCGUCUUGGUGUGGCUGUUCAGUCGCCUAUAUUUAUAUUCCUUCAUCAGCCUUUUUAUAUAUAUGAUUCUCAGCCUUUUCAUUGCGCUUAUUACGGAUUCUUAUGACACCAUUAAGAAAUACCAGCAGAAUGGGUUUCCUGAGACGGAUCUUCAGGAGUUCCUGAAGGAAUGUAAUAGCCGAGAGGAGUAUCAGGAAGAGUCCUCAGCCUUCCUGUCCCGCAUCUGCUGUCUGAGGAGGAAAGAAAGUGAUGACCACUUGAUAUUUACUAACUAAAAUCCUUCUGCCAAAGAUAAUCAAGUCCGGGCCUCCUUAUCCAGUGACAAUGCAGAGGGACCCCGAAUGGCUUGGACCAGCAUGUCCAACACACUGCUGUUUAAUGUGGAGUGGGAAAGAGGACCGACUGUCAGCUGGCUGACCACAACUGCAGCUCCAAAGUUCCUUUUUAUACCCUUGGAUGAUGAAGCAUAGACCAUAGGCAAUUACUGGGCAUUAGUGCAAUAGAUUAGUGAUAAUGAAAUUCUUUUAAUUUAUGACAGGACAAUGUUGGGAUGCAAAAAAAAAUCCCAUUUCAAAAUGUGCAAAACAAUGGUGUUUAAAACCACACAUUGAAAGAUGUGUGUUUAUCCUCAAAUUGGAGUUUGUUUUAAAAGUGAUUCUUGGCUUAGAAGACAUUUGGUCUGCACAGAGAUGAAGUUGGUUGCAAUUUCAAAUUAUAGACUCAAGCUGGAAAUCUAUUUGGCCAUUUAAAGAUGACAUUUCAAUCAACAGAAAGACAUUUCUUGGCCUGUUUUCCUGUGAUUUUCUCCAGUGUGAUAUGAAGCAACCGCUGGCAUAGUGAGAUGAAUAGGAAACACCUUUCACUUGCGCUGAUUGUUGAUUGUACACGUGACACGUGGAGGUAAACUAUAGCUGAGCUCAUUCGUGUUAGCAAACAGACUCCACCGGGUGGGGCUUUACCCUUGUCAAGCAAGGAGAGAUGGCAUUUUUUACCUAAAUAAAUUUAUUUUUAUCAUAA